ACUUUAGGUGAACAAGCAGAGGUUGCAGUGGCAGUGUUGCCUUUGUUACUACAGACAAAGGCUGGCGCUUGCAAACAUAAAGAAUUUGUGCAAUUUGUCUUAGUAAGUUUUAUAAAUUUUUUAUACAAGUUCUUCAAAAAAGGAUAGUUGUUAUUAUUUUUUAUGUUUUGAAAACAAGUGUCCUAGCUCACUUUACAGUCUUGUGAUCGCUCCUUAAAAAAAUAAUAUAGGGUUAAAAAGUUCUAAUAUUUCUGACUUAGAGCCUGUUUAAGUGGAGGUGGGGGACUCCUGGUAGGUGAGGCAACCUGCUUAGUUGGUUAACGCCCUGUACAUAUAAUGUCUGAUUUUAAUUUGAUCAAGUUUACAUAACAGAUGGGGUGACCUGCCACAUGUUACCUCACCUGUGGGGCCCCCACCUCCAUGUAAACAGGCCCUUAACUUACUCUGGGUAUGGCAAUCAGGACUAAAAUUGGACAAAAAGACACACUAUGGGGGUGAACUCCAUGUUGAGUGUAUCUGUCAAUUGCUUGCCUUACCAAUUAAAGAGAAGAGUGUGUGGUAAGUACAUGUACAUGUGUGUGUUUCUGAAUUUUUUCGUUUUUUAGUCCUUGGUCCUUGUGGCCACUAAUCUAGUAUACCAGAGAAGGGUAAGCUUCUUGUAACGCUAGGUCUUGACACAGUGCCAUGGCAAUUGUCAUUUGAUAUUAAAAAUAGCGACCAGCUAUAUUUCAGCAGAUAAUAAUAUACAUAUCAUUUAUUCACUAGGCUUAUGUUGUUGGUCUGCAAUUUGCUCUUGCCAGGAUUAUUAUAUUAUUGUCUUUGAUUUGACAUAACGAACACCUUCAAGCUAGUUAUAAAAAAUAUUUUAAAGUGCUUAAAUGUCUUCUUUUUUUUUUACAGGAAGAGACAAAUCCAGGAAGUAUUGCUGAGGGCAAGGACAAUUUAUUCCCGUUUUUGAUUUUUAUAGGAACUCUGGCAUUGCCAGGAAAAAUUUACAUUGCUGCAGACAAACAAAUAAUCUGCAGCUUUGAAGUUUCACUGGUUGAAGCAGCUCUUGCACUUCUGGCCACUUCUUGUGUAUUUAUGUAUAAUUAUCCUCCUGGACUGGCAAAGUUUUAUUCCUUUAUUCAAAAAUGCAUAUUGCACAUUUCUGAUGGCAAAAAGCUUUCCUCUUCCCUAAUGUCUUUGUAA